AUGGAGACAUAUCUGAAAUCAUUGGACUAUGGUGUUUGGAUGUCUGUGAAGAAUGGAUACAAAAUUCCCACAGGUGAUAUAACUGAUACAGUUGAACUCAAGAAGUAUGAAAACGACUCUAAGGCUAAGAAUGCACUUCUGAGUGCAUUGGUCAACACUGAGUUUGCCAGAGUUGUUGGAUGUGAGACUGCUAAAGAAGUGUGGGACAAGUUACAGAAUGCCCAUGAAGGUGAUGAGAAGAUCAAAGAGGCAAAACUACAACACUAUAGGUCACUGUUUGAUAAUUUGAAGAUGUCUGAUGAAGAUACAGAGGAAAGCUUCAUGAGUAAAGUGAAUGAAAUUAUAAACGCCAUCAGAAGUCUUAGUGAGAAAAUCAAGGAUGCAGUGGUAGUAAAGAAGAUUCUCAGGUCUUUGCUAGAUCUUUAUAACCCAACGGUGUCUGCUAUAGAAGAGUCAAAGAACUUGAAUGAGUUGAGUUUAGAUGAAUUGCAUGGUAUAUUGACUGCAUAUGAAAUGAAAAUGGUGAAGCCUAAAUCCACAGAGAAGGAGGCUACAUUUAAAGUCAUGAAGAAGUUGAAAAUUAAGCAAGAAAAUGAUAAUGAAGAUUAUGAUGAUGAGCUUAUUGCCUACCUUGCCAGGAAGUUCAAGAAUGAUAAAGGUAAAUACAAGGGAAAACUUUCCUUGAAAUGCUUUAAUUGUGGAGGUAUAGGACAUUUUGCCUCUAAGUGUCCAAAGAAGGGCAAAACAGUUGAGUCAGAUGAUGAAGACACUCAACCCUCCAAGAAUAGCUUUAAAAAGAAAAAGCUCAUUUCAAAAAAGAAUGACACCUUCAAGAAAAAGAGUUCGAUGACAAAAGAAGAUGACACAUUUUCAGAAGAAUUAAUAGAAGUUGAAGACUCUGAUGAUGAACUAAUGUUCAUGGUCUUAGCAAGUAAUGACCAUCAAGAAGAGGAAGAAAAAUCUGAUAAGGAUGAAGAAUCAGAAGCUGAAGAUCUGGAAACUAUUUUUUAUACUACCUUAAAUGAGCUCAAGAUAGAAAGAAAGAGAAGCAAGAUGUUGGAGAAGCAGCUUGUAGAAGAAAGAGAGAAAAUUAGUCAACUAAAGUUCACCAUUGAAGAAACACAGAAGAUGACUGAAGAUAUUAGCAUUAACUUAUCUUUGAAAGUUGAUGAAUGUGCUCAGCUUGAAGAAGAAAUAGUAAAACUAAAGGUAGAACUAGAAAAUUUGAAAAAUAAGGACUACCUUACAGUUACAAAUACAUCUCCAAUAGCUAUAACUGUGAAUGACAAGGGCAAAGAGGUCUGUGUUCAAGAAACUAAAGAAGAACAUGAUCAAGUAACAAAUGGAGCUAGCAUGUUAGAUGAUCUCCUUAGUAGACAAAGACCUAUCAAUGAUAAAUCUGGUCUUGGCUAUGAGAAUGGAAGUUCUUCAAAGAGAGUAAAGAUAAAAGGGAAUGGCACUACACAUAAUCCGGUUAGGUUUGUUAGUGAGAAGAGAAGAGGUUCAAGACAUAUGAAUUCUACUAGCAAGAAGGUUGACGAAGAUGGGUUUACUACUAUAUACUAUUAG